GAAAUUUGCCUCAUUGUAAAGAAUUAAUGUGAAGCGCAUCCAGUGAUUUAGAGUUUUUGCCCAAGGAUUAAGAACGAUUGAUGCUAGAGUAAACACAGCCGACUGACGAAGAUGCAUUCAGAUCGGAUCCGUUUGUAUUCUAAUACAACAUAUGCCCUAGAAAUAGCAUACCUCUAGAGAGUAGGUUUCCCAAUAAACUAUGAUGUGAAUAAAACCAAUGUUAGCGAUCUCCUGCAGUAGUAGCGAAGCAAAAGUUUGUUUUCAUUUUUCAAUAAGUUAAUGUCUUGAAUUUUUUAUUUUUUAUUUCCUCUAUAGGGAGCUUCCAAGUGGUAAUCUACGGUUGAAUAACAUUACUCGGGCAUUGAAUUCACUCUUGGCCACUUUAAGUAAGACUUCUGUCUUAAGACGACAAGACAUUUCUGUUAACAUCAUGGUGAUGCAGUUUCAAAAAUGUACUCUUGAAUUCUUGCUGGAUUAGCCAUUAUCUCUCGUGAUAAUAUUGCAAUUUACGAAUGAACGGAUACCAGAAACAAAUAUAACCUAAAAGAAUGAAGAUUUCAUGAGCGAGAGAUAAAGAUGACUAUGCUAAAGGGCAUGUUCCAUGAUUAAGAUCUGUCUUUGCAACAGUUGGAGCUAUUCCAGGUAAAAUUUUAUUCCUCUACUGUAACAGCAAAAAUUAUACGUUUAUUCAUUGUUGAGGUUUGCCAGCUUUUCACAACUUAAGAGUUUCACUCCGCAGGUAUAAAAACAACCAGCCUAGUCCUUAAUUCAUUAAUUUCUCAUACAUUGUCAUAAACAACAAUCUUCCCUAAAAGUGUUCGUUCUUUUGGCUGUUAUCGUCACUAUGGCCGCUGCCUAGUGCCUACCCACAGGGUUUAGAUUCUGCUUACAAACCAGCAGCCAGCUAUGCCGCUCCCGGCCGCUCCCGCGUUCAAAGGUGCGGGAUACCCCAACGGCCGUGCCAAGAUCCAAGUCUACCGUGGGCCCAGCAAAGGUUAUGAAGGUGGAAAAGGAAGAUUACUUGAAGUGAAUGUGCGAUCGGCUCGACCAUUCGCUCUAAUCUGACUUGACGUUGUGACAUUCAUUUUGUUACUGCUAUAGUGCUAUUAGCCUACUUGUUACUUUGUUUCUUUUUUUUUUUCAUGCAUAAACCAAUUUUUUCUCUUGUGAUUUAUUGAUUCACCAUAAUUAUGGAAUAAUUCGUGGCGGAGUAAUUCCUCUUCUACAAGUUCAUGGCCCUACACUAGAAAAGUUAUAUUUACCGAUGGAAGUAACGAGUGAAGAAGUCAAUCUCAUCAUCGAGUGCUGCCCGAAUAUUCGCCGUUUGAUAAUUGUUUUAGAAAGUACCGAUGCGGCAACUCCCGAACCGGUGAUAGAUGUCGUCCACUUUUCUCUUUGUUCCCCAAACUAUGUUAUUUCGUUAAGUAUGCUGGAAAUAAUGAUAAUCUAUCUGAAAUCUGACCAUUAUUUUUUCACCACUCACAAUCCUCGCUAUUUCACGUAAAUUAUUGCUGUUCUUUUGUCUUCCCUCACUCUUAGGCCUACAGUGAUUUCCAUAUAGUAAAAAGUGUAUCACUCUUGAUGACCACAUCAUUGAGGAAGCUUGCACUAGAAAUAGUUUCAAGUAUUUGACCAGUUUAAGGUUGCACGGUUAAUUGUUCUAAUGUGAGCCAGAAAGGCAUCGUUUUCUUUUUAACGAAACGAAUCCUUGCUUUGUCCGAAAUUUUUGUGCAAGACUUUGGAAAUGUGAACUUUAAUCGUUUAAAAAUGAUGGUGGAAGAGAAGCACUGGAAUAUUAGGCAUAUAAAUGUUGUAGAUUAGAUGAGGUGAUUGCAGAGUUCGUUUUUAAAUUUUUGCAUGUCCGACUCACUCGAGUUAUUUAAAAAAAUCUGGCAAAAGUGCAUCUCGUGUCCAAUGCAAUUAUUCUGUUCGCGCCUUAGGGGAAGGGAGAGAAAUUCAGAAAAAUCUUUAGUGUGUGAUCGUUGACAUUUGUUGUGGUUAAUGCGUCUUGGUUUUCUAGACUUUCGGUGUUUUCUCUUACCAUUAUCUUCAUCAUGCCUCAGCCGAAAUGGUACCACAAAUCUCUAUCAGAAUUGUGUAUGGACAGUAUCGUCGAUAACAUGGAGAAAUGGACGGCAUUGCGUAGUUUGGUGCACGUUUCCACCCCCUUUUAUCUUCUUCCUUCACAUUGUCUGGAGUACAUUAUUCAAUGUCUCAAUGAAGGCGGAAGGCUAAACGAAGAGAUGUUUGAUUUACUCCUCAACCCACAUUUGAAAGUUCUUGAUUUAUCGGAAAAUGCAUUUGUUUCAACUGAAAAUGAUGAUGAUAUCGAAACAAAUCUUCGGAUCGUGCGUUUAGCAUCGGUCAGAUGUUCGCAACUUACUACAUUGAAGUUUUUUAGUUUCAAUAAAUUGCCAUCCCCAACUCAAGUAGAAGAAACUUUUACUCCCAUAUUGCAGCUGUUUGAACACCUGCAAAUCCUUGAUUUAUCUAGCACGAUUUAUGGUGCAAGUUGCAUGCUCUAUCUUGGAUCAACUUGUAAACCAAAAAUAAGGGAGUUGCUAGUUGAUUGCUGCCCUGGUGUGACCGAUUUAGUAAUGCAAGUUUUCUGCAACAGUCAAAGUUCCCUUCACAAAUUAUCAGUUCUAAGCACAAAAGUGACUCAUGCCGGAAUUAGAUUUGCUAUCGAACAUUUACCAGAGCUGAAAGAAUUAAGUUCUUCGACUGAUAUCUCACAAGUUUUAUUUAGAAUCUGUAAAGAAACCAGAGAAUCAAAAAAAUGUUCGUUGACCAAGUUUUCUAUGCGGACCGUGAUCCAGACUCUGCGAUACAUUGUCCCCUAUAAAAAAGGCAACGUUUCGUUGAUGGUUGAAAUGUGCCCGUCACUCGUCGAUCUUUUCAUUGAUGUAAACGGCGGCAAAGGAUUUACGAAUGAGGAGUUAUUAGGUUUUCGAGAACUCAAACUAAUAAAAAGUCUUGUAAUUGACAUAUUCUUUAUGCCGUCAAACUUUAUUCGUGGCGGAGUAAUUCCUCUUCUACAAGUUCAUGGCCGUACACUAGAAAAGUUAACUUUAUCGAUGCCCAUAACGAGUGAAGAAUUCUAUCUCAUCAUCGAGUGCUGCCCGAAUAUUCGCCGUUUGCUACUUUCUAUAGAAAGUCGUAGAAAUCUGGAAACUCCCGAAUUGGUGGUAGAUGGCGUCUACUCUUCUCUUCGUUACUCAAAGGAAGUAAUUCCGUUCAGGAUGUUGGAAGAAAUCAUUCUGCUUUCUUCUUCGCCAUUUGCUAUUUCACGCAAAUUAUUGCUGUUGCUUUUGUUUUCCCCUUCUCUUACAUUGAUUUCCAUACUUAAUUGUAAAACUCUUGAUGACCAGAUCAUUGAGGAAGCUUGCACUAGAAACAGUUUCAAGUAUUUGACCAAGUUAGAGUUGUUCGGUUGUUCUAAUGUGAGCCAGAAAGGCAUCGAUUUUUUCAUGAACGAAACGAAUCCUUUGUCCGAAAUUGCUUUGCUAGACUGUGGAAAUGUGAACCCUGAGAAUAUGAAAACCAUGGCUCAAGAGAAGCAUUGGAAUCAGGUAAACAUUAAUGUGUGUUGAUCGGAUUAAGACAAAUGCGAUCCAACAUUCCUUAAGCUUCGAAUCCUGUUCGAACAUUUUCUUAUGUUCAUAUGCUUUCAAAAAAUGUCCACAUAAAAGAGAAAAGAAAAUUUGUUUCAUCCAAA